AUGGCUAAUUCAAAAACUUGCAAACUUUGUCACCGUAAUAUUGGCAAGAUGAGAAUGAAAUUAGUAUGUGGGAUAUGCAAAAGUUAUUUCCAUUUGGAUUGUGGGGAAGUAACUGAGAUUGAUGCCCGAAUUAUGCAGCAGGAUAAAACCUCUUGGUUCUGUGAAGAUUGUACUAGCGAGAGAAAAAUAAGCGCAGUAAACCAAUCUGCUCGACCCCGCAGAUCAUCCAUUCUGCCUACUCAUUCAAGCCCAGUUGGAAGGGAUGAGGGAGGUAUUUAUGAACUAAAGAGCAUUCUUAGAGAACUGCAAAGCGACGUUAGAGAGAUGAAGCAGUCUUUUGAAUUUCUCAACGAGAAGUAUGAGGAGGAAAAAAGACGCAACAAAGUCAUGUCUGACAUGGUUUCCGAGAUAUCCAAAGAAAACGAAAUGCUUAAGGUGAGAGUCACUAAACUAGAGCAAACAGUAGGUGUGCAAGAAGCGAAUAAAAUAAGAAACAACAUAUGCAUCAGUGGUCUGGUACUCAGCGAAUCCAGAAACGACUCCACCGCUACAAAACUGGUCACCUUAUGUGACUUUCUUGGGGUGCCCACUUCGGAGAGUAAAUUCGAAGUUGUCAAGCACUUCAAAACCAACAAUACAAUAAGGUCCAUAGUCAAAGUUGCAGAUUUGGAUUUGAAACAUAAAAUCUUAAAGGCUAAAGCUCAAAAGGGAAGGGUUACCAGAAGAACAGUCGGCUUAGAUGAAUCUGAAAUUGUGAUCUAUGUGUCAGAAGAACUCACAAAGGAAACCUACAAUUUCCUUAAGGAAUGUAAACGUCUCAGGAGUGAAGCAAACUACAAAUACAUUUGGCAGAAAAAUGGGAAGGUCUUGGCGCGCAAGGCUGACGGAGAUGACCAUAUUGUAAUCUCCGACGAAGAUCACCUCAGGGAACUUUUGGGUUAG